UUGUCCCCGCCCCUCCCGGCCCCUCCCCGCCCCGCGGAGGGCUGUUCCGCCAUGGCGGCGUGGGCUGAGGGCCCUGGCCCGGCCCCGCCGCGGGUCCCGCCGCUGGCCGCGGCCAUGGCCGUGAUGAUGAUGAUGGUGACGGCGCUGUCGGCGGCCGCGGCAUCGCCCCCCGCCGCGGGGGAGGCGUUCCUGGGGGCGGUGCCGCGCUGGGGCUGGCGGAACGUGUCGUGCCCGGCCUGUCACCUGCUCUUCGGGGCGCUGGACGUGGCGCUGCAGCUGGAGCCCAACGUGGCGCGCGUGGGGCGCGUGGCGGCCCGGCUGUGCCAGGACCUGCGGCUGGCACGCCCCGAGGUCUGCCGGCAGGCCGUGCAGCUCUUCCAGCGCGACGUGGUGUCAGCCUGGGCCCGCUCGGUGCUGCGACCCGGCGAGGCGUGUGGGCUGCUGCUGGGCCGGCGCUGUGGCCGCUGGGACAUCUUCAGCGACUGGAACGUCUCCCUGCCCGACACCCCCAAACCGCCAGUGCAGCCCCCGGCGCCCCCGCCACCCGGCGCCCCCACCGCCCGCAUCCUCUUCCUCACCGACCUGCACUGGGACCGCCACUAUGUGCCGGGCAGCGAGGCUGCCUGCCCCGACCCGCUCUGCUGCCGCGGUGCCGCCCGCCCCGGCCCCGGCGGUGCCGGCUUCUGGGGCGAGUACGGCAAGUGUGACCUGCCGCUGCACACCAUCGAGGCGCUGCUGGCCCAGCUCCCCGGCACAGCCCCCUUCACCGCCGCAUACUGGACGGGCGACAUCCCGGCGCACGACGUCUGGCAGCAGAGCCGCCAGGACCAGCUGCUGGCCCUGCGCACCGUCACCGGGCUGCUGCGCCGGCACCUGGGCGACCUGCCCGUCUACCCGGCCGUGGGCAACCACGAGGCCACUCCUGUCAACGCCUUCCCCCCACCAUACGUGCGGGGCAACCAGUCCUCCGCCUGGCUGUACGACGCCAUGGCCCAGGCCUGGCAGGGCUGGCUACCCGCCCCAGCACUGCAGACCCUUCGGGCUGCUGGUUUCUACACCGUGCAGGUCUGGCCCGGGCUGCGCCUCGUCUCCCUCAACAUGAACUUCUGCUCCCAGGCCAACUUCUGGCUCCUCAUCAACUCCACUGACCCCGCGGGGCAGCUGCAGUGGCUGGUGGGGGUCCUGGCGGCCGCUGAGCAGGCCGGGGAGAAGGUGCACAUCAUCGGGCACAUCCCGCCGGCCCACUGCCUGCGCAGCUGGAGCUGGAACUACUACCGCAUCGUCAGCAGGUUUGAGGGCACCAUCGCGGCUCAGUUCUUCGGCCACACGCACGUGGACGAGUUCGAGAUGUUCUAUGAUGAGGAGACACUGACGCGCCCCGUGUCCAUCGCCUUCGUGGCCCCCAGCGUCACCACCUACAUCAACCUCAACCCUGGGUACCGUGUCUACGAGGUGGAUGGCGCCUACCCCGGCAGCUCCCAUGCCGUCCUGGACCACGAGACCUUCAUCCUCAACCUCACAGAGGCCAACGUGCCGGGGGCAGAGCCACGGUGGCAGCGCCUCUACAGCGCCCGCGAAGCCUACGGGCUGCCCAGCGCCUUCCCCGCCGACUGGGACCGGCUCAUCCGCCGCUUCCAGGACGACGAGCUCCUCUUCCAGCGCUUCUGGUUCCUCUUCCACAAGGGCCAUCCGCCCCGCGAGCCCUGCCUGGCCGCCUGCAAAGCAGCCCUGCUCUGCGCCCUGCGCACCGGCCGCUCCGCCGACCCCAGCCUCUGCCAGCCCCUGCGCCCGGCACUGCCUUUCCCACACAUCCAGGCACUCUGGCGGCAGCAGCGGCUCUGCUGAGGGCGGCCACAUCAGCCCCUCAGACGCAGGCAGCGCCCAGGCUCGGCAGGGGCUCAGGCAGGUCCCUGCCCAUCCCCGGGCUCCCACUGGCCGCACCCAUGGCACAAUAAAGGUGUGAUGGACCCAG